CGAGGCCAUAUUCGUGUUCGUCCUCUACUUCGGAUAUUUGGUAUUUCUCACUGCAUAUAGAGGCCCUUAUCUGCCCCCGAGUCUCGACCUCUUCUCUGUUUUGUGGAGCUCGUCGUAAAUUUUGGUUGCCUGCACCACAUUUUAGUAAUUUUAUUCAGAAUAAUUCUGAGAAAUGCUUGUGCCAGCAUGCAAUUUGUUGUCUCAGGGAACUCCCGCAAGCUGUGUUCUUAGCCGACGAGAGCUCUUCUUCGAUGGCUUCUCCUCUCUUUGUACUCAUUCCCAAGAGUUGCCUAACAAAGCCGUUGCUUCCCAACCCAUCUCCCUUUCAACUUCAAGGACUGCUAAAGAUCAAAGACAGGAUUUGGGUGCAAUGUUAAGCAAAAUUAUUGCUUCUCCAACUCGGCGGGUGUUGUUAGCGAGUUGGACUAUGUAUUCCAGUUUCCAUCCUUCAAGGUACUUGUCAGCUCAAGCCUUGGGGGAUCCAUCAGUUACACUUGAACAGGUUACCCCUCUUGUGUUUUCUUCUGGGCCUCUGUUCCCCUCUGAGGAUCGAAUUGUCCAACUAUUUGAAAGGAACACGUAUUCUGUUGUUAACAUCUUUGAUGUGACAUUGCGUCCUCAACUAAAUGUAACUGGUGUGGUUGAGAUUCCAGAAGGAAAUGGUUCUGGAGUAGUUUGGGAUGAGGAGGGGCACAUUGUUACAAAUUACCAUGUAAUUGGUAAUGCCCUUUCAAGAAACCCAAGCCCUGGUCAGGUCGUUGCACGAGUUAAUAUCCUAGCAUCUGAAGGAGUGCAGAAGAAUUUUGAAGGCAAACUUAUUGGAGCUGACCGAGCAAAGGAUCUUGCUGUCUUGAAGGUAGAAGCCUCUAAAGAUCUUUUAAAGCCUGUCAUGGUUGGGGAGUCUUCUUCGCUAAAAGUUGGGCAACAAUGUUUGGCAAUUGGAAAUCCAUUUGGCUUUGAUCACACCCUCACAGUUGGAGUUAUAAGCGGACUUAACAGGGACAUUUUUAGUCAAACUGGUGUUACAAUUGGCGGUGGUAUUCAAACAGAUGCAGCCAUAAAUCCGGGGAACAGUGGAGGUCCUCUGCUGGAUUCCAAAGGAAGAUUAAUUGGGAUCAACACUGCAAUAUUUACUCAGACAGGAACAUCAGCUGGUGUUGGAUUUGCCAUCCCAUCUUCAACUGUACUUAGAAUUGCUCCUCAGUUGAUUGAAUUUGGAAAAGUUGUUAGAGCUGGCUUAAAUGUGGAUAUUGCUCCAGACUUGAUUGCAAAUCAACUUAAUGUUCGAAAUGGAGCCCUUAUACUUCAGGUUCCCGGAAAUAGUCUUGCUGCUAAGGCCGGGCUAAAUCCCACCACUAGAGGCUUUGCUGGCAAUAUAGUCCUUGGGGAUAUCAUUGUUGCAGUUGACAAUAAGCCAGUCAAAAGCAAAGCAGAACUGCUGAAAACGUUGGAUGAGUACACUUUAGGAGAUAAAGUAAUUUUAGGAAUUCAGAGGGGAAGUGAAAAGUUGGAACUACCUGUAGUUCUUGAGGAACAGAUAUCUUGAGAUGACAUGUCACUGGUGGCGGUUGCAAGUUUACAACCCAUUAAGCAGGCUGAUUUUUUGUUCUGUAUGAAGGGCCCUGGCCUUGUAUCAAAUAUGCCAUGGCAUCCUUGUACCAUUUAUGGAAGUAGUUUCAUUUUAUAGCUUAAUAUGAUCAUGUCUGACAGAAUUGAGAUACUGUAUGCUCAACUUAUUUUGGAA